AUGGCCGAGAGUCUACGCAAUCAAAGUCCUGUGGAUCCACAAGAUCAAAAUGAGUCAAACAAAGACCAUAAUUCUAUAGGAAAUUAUUUUGGCAGAAUAAAAAAUGCAUUAUUCAAUAGAAGUCACGGUCAAAACCAAUCGCAGCCUUUCGAAAAUAAUAAGACUCAAGUUGAGCGGCAAGAACCAACAAUUGAGAUUGAAACAGAAUUAAUUGAUUCAUUUGAUCCCAUGUCUAAUCGCUUUAUCAAACCAGAAAAAAGAAGAAGGCUUUCUUUAAUGGGUCUCGUCACAGAUGAGGCAGUUCCUCGAUCAUUAUCAACAUCCUUACCAAGUGCGGGUUUUAGAAACAAAUCUUAUCUGUCUGUAAUCAACGAUAGUAUCAAGCGUGAAGAAGAAUUAGACAAUGAUCUUGAAAGAAGAAAGUCAAUACAGGAUGGUUAUAUGAGUUUAAUUACUGAAACUGAAAAGCAAAGCAGAGAUGAAUCACCUUGUUUAAAUAUUCCCAUUGAAACCCAUAGUACCCAAUUGAGCAUUGACAGUGAUACUAAUAGCAACAAAGAUUUUUUUCAACUAAAUCCUCAAGAAAGAAAUAAAUUAGUACAAUUAAAACUACUAAGACAAUCAUAUGAACCGAGAAGAAAGAAAGCAAAGUAUGUCACAACUCCAAAUGAAAGUAUGAGUGAAGUUCUAGGGAACUCUUCCAUGGUUAAUACAUCAACUCAAACUCACGACUUAAACUACUUGGAUAAUAAGCUAAAUUUUAAAAAAAGAAUUGCAUCAUCACAAUUGACCAACAGAGGUAAAAGACAGAAAAAAAAAGGAUUUCAAUUUACUGAUUUCUUCUACGAUACCAAAGAUUUUGAAAACGAUAAAGCACUUGGUGACCGAAAAAUAUAUGCAAAUAAAGUUGGAAAACCAAAAUUCAAUAACAAAACUACCCCCUCGUUAGGCAUUAAGUUAGAUGAAGAUUACAACAAGCCCGCUUUUACAUCAAAAAAAGAUCAAGUUUUUUCCAAUGAGAAGUUGUCACUACAUCUUGAUCCAGAAUACGUGAAUAAAACUAAAACAAUAGCGGAUGUCAUAAAAGUAAAGGAUGACGUAAUAUCCAAAGGCAACAAGAAUCCCGCUAAACCUUCGUCAGGUUUUAAAUUCAAUAUUAAUCCAGAAAAAUUCAAUGAAAUUCUCAAACCUGACUCAGUUGAAAAAUAUGAGGAAGCUUCUGUGAAUAAAAAUGAUUUCAAAUUGAAUGGAAGUAUUGAACCCAAAAGCAAAACUGGUGAUCUACCUAAUAAAUUUGAAGACUCUCGCUUAUCAAGUAGAUCAAACAAGAGAACUAUUGAAGAGGUUGACAAAAAUGUUGAUGAGAAAGUUUCAAGUACACCGAGCUUCAGUUUCAUCAACAAUUCAAACAAUGCUAUCAAAAAAACAAGUCCUACUUUCAGUUUUGGAGAAAAGACAGCGUUAUCGAAUUCUCAAAGUACCGAUAAAACAAGCUUAUUUACGAAACCUGGCUUUAAACUUUCAAACAAUAAUGAAAUUAAAAUUAACCAAACUACAGAAGGUGAAACAGUAAGAACCGAACCAAGUGUUAAACCAAGUGGAUUGUUUGGACCCCAGAAAGCAACUACCAAGGAUUCUGCAAGUUCCAUAUUCACCGUCGAUAAUGGAAAUGACAAAGUAAAAGGCCUUUUUGAUCUGAAAUCUGAACUGGCAUCUGUUUCUGGAAAUUUAUUUUCAACUAACAAAAUGGUCACGCAACCUGAUGACAAAUUGAAAGAAGCAAAAUCAAAUGAUAUUACACAAGAUGGUGGCUCUAAAAAAUUCACAUUUGAUUUUACCCCAAACAAUGAUUCAAAGGACUCAAAUUCAUUGCUGAGAAAUAAAUUACCAGAAAAUGAAAAACAACCGACUCCUGAAUCCAAUAUGUUCUCCCUUAAUAAAAACAAUGAGCAACUCAAAACUCCUUCCUUCAAUUUCAAUACGGUAAAAAGUAUUUCAAAUGAUAAAGGUAAUUUGCCGAAUUCAACAACUAAUCCAUUGUUUGGUUCCAAGACGAGUAAUAAAGAAAACGACGAAGUGACCAAUGCUAAGCCUUUAUUUGAUUUUAGUCAAAAACCAGUGGAGGAGAAGGAUACAACAAAAGUAACUGAACUACCGAAUGAUACAGCCAAGACACCUACAGCCAACAAUACAACAUCAAUCACAAACAAACCAGCCUUUGAUUUUCUGUUUAAUCCACCACCAGCAAAAUCUCAAGAUGAUGAGACCACUAAAAACAAGGAUGCUAAAUCCGAUUUGGAAGUUGAGAGUGAAAAUGUUCCAAAACGAUCAAAAUUUUCAUUCACCUCGACGGAAGCUAACAAACCAUCAAUUCCAGCUUUUUCGUUUGGUACUAACGUAUCGGAAAAGGGAGAAAGCAAAAGUCCACAACCUGCAUUUUCAUUUGGUUCAACAACAACUUCAGAAGAUAAAGAUAAAACAUCUUCAAAUGAUCAAUCAAAACAAUCAGAAGUAGCUCCUCCAAAAAUCAAUUUUAAUUUUGCAGCUCCAACUUCUGCACCAGCAACUACAUCAAAUAUCAAUACUUCCAAUGGAUUUAAAUUCGCUAGUGGAGUUACUCCACCGCCAGCAAAUACUAAUUUAUUUGGAAAUCCUAUCGCAAAAACUGUGUCACCAAAACCUUUUAGUUUUCCCUCAACAUCUACAAAUACAAAUACAAAUUUAAAUACAAAUACCAAGAGUGCUUUCACUUUUGGCCAGCAACCUUCAACUCAACAAGUGAAUCAAUUGCCAUUUGGAUUUACGAACAACAAUAAUAAUGCAAAAACUAAUAACAACACUAAUAGUAUUACAUCAAGUACUGAAAAUGCAUUUGGCAGUCGUCCAACAACUCCAGCUGCUUUUAGCUUUGGAAAUUUUAAUCAAACAACAUCAAAAACACCUGUUGCUCCACAAUUCAACUUUACAGGAAGUAAAGAACCAACUCCAGAUCCAGCAUCGAUGUUUGGAAAUCAUACACAACAAGGUAGCAGAGAACCUACACCUUUUGGUGGAGUUUCGAAUAAUAAUGUAUUUGGUUCAAUCAAUAAUUCUGCAUUUGGAAGUAACAACAACAAUAAUAAUAAUAAUAAUAGUGCAUUUGGAGCAUUUGGACAAUUACAACAACCACAAUCUGCUACAACUCCUACAUCGUUUGGAAUGAAUCCUACUCCAAGUUUUCAAUUCAAUAAUGGAAAUAAUAAUCAACCUAUUUCUGAUUCAAAUACAAAUAUUAAUACUACAAUGAAUGGAUUUGGUGGAGGAAUACCUACAAUUAAUCCAACUCCACCUCUGGUAAACCCAAGAAGAAUAAUGCAUCCUAGAACAAGAAGAAGAUAA